CAGCCGCCGCCGCCGCCGCCGCAGCCGCCGCAGCAGCAGCAGCCGCCGCCCCAGGCCCCCCCCAUGGAGCCCGAGGCCCCGGAUUCCCGCAAGAGGCCCCUCGAAACGCCCCCCGAGGUGGUCUGCACCAAGCGCAGCAACACGGGAGAGGAAGGCGAAUACUUCCUGAAGGUGCUGAUCCCCAGCUACGCGGCGGGCUCCAUCAUUGGCAAGGGUGGACAAACCAUCGUGCAGCUGCAGAAGGAGACGGGAGCCACCAUCAAGCUCUCCAAGUCCAAAGACUUCUAUCCGGGAACCACAGAGCGAGUAUGCCUGGUACAGGGCACAGCAGAGGCCUUGAAUGCUGUGCACAGCUUUAUUGCCGAGAAGGUCCGAGAAAUCCCACAAGCAAUGACCAAGCCUGAGGUGGUCAACAUUCUUCAACCCCAAACCACAAUGAAUCCUGACAGAGCCAAGCAGGCCAAGCUGAUCGUCCCCAACAGCACGGCGGGCCUGAUCAUCGGCAAGGGGGGUGCGACAGUAAAAGCCGUGAUGGAACAGUCGGGUGCUUGGGUGCAGCUGUCCCAGAAGCCGGAGGGCAUCAACCUGCAGGAGCGCGUGGUGACGGUCAGCGGGGAACCGGAGCAGGUGCACAAGGCCGUGAGCGCCAUCGUGCAGAAGGUACAGGAAGAUCCCCAGAGCAGCAGCUGCCUCAACAUCAGCUACGCCAACGUGGCUGGCCCCGUGGCCAACUCCAACCCCACCGGCUCGCCGUAUGCCAGCCCCGCUGACGUGCUGCCCGCCGCCGCCGCCGCCUCGGCCGCUGCCGCCUCCGGCCUGCUGGGCCCGGCGGGGUUGGCGGGCGUGGGAGCCUUUCCGGCCGCGCUGCCUGCCUUCUCGGGCACCGACCUGCUGGCCAUCAGCACGGCGCUCAACACGCUGGCCAGUUACGGCUACAACACCAACUCCCUCGGCCUGGGCCUCAACUCGGCCGCAGCCUCCGGGGUCCUGGCCGCCGUGGCCGCCGGUGCCAACCCUGCCGCCGCCGCCGCCGCCAACCUCCUGGCAUCCUACACCGGUGAAGCAGGGGCCGGGCCGGCCGGUGGGGCUGCCCCGCCUCCACCCCCGCCACCUGGAGCCCUGGGGUCCUUCGCCUUGGCCGCGGCCGCCAACGGCUACCUCGGGGCCGGGGCGGGCGGCGGGGCGGGCGGAGGGGGUGGCCCGCUGGUGGCCGCUGCCGCCGCAGCGGGGGCGGCUGGGGGCUUCCUGACAGCGGAGAAGUUGGCAGCUGAGAGUGCCAAGGAGCUGGUGGAGAUUGCGGUGCCUGAGAACCUGGUGGGAGCCAUCCUGGGCAAGGGGGGCAAGACGUUGGUGGAGUACCAGGAGCUGACAGGUGCCCGUAUCCAGAUCUCCAAGAAGGGAGAGUUCCUGCCAGGCACGCGGAACCGGCGGGUCACCAUCACGGGCAGCCCCGCGGCCACGCAAGCCGCUCAAUACCUCAUCAGCCAGCGGGUCACCUACGAGCAGGGAGUGAGGGCCUCAAACCCCCAGAAAGUGGGAUGAGGCCUGUGGUGUGUGCUCCCACCCAGCUCCCUGUCCCUCCUCCUCCUCCUCCUCCUCCUCCUCCUCCUUCCCUCCCCCCAGACUCCUGACCUCAGCUCGGUAUAGUCCUGCUUCUCUUGGGAUGGGGCUGGGGUAGGCCUGACUGCACCCCCCCCUUUCUGGUAGUCUUAGGCAGGAUUGAGUGAUGGCUGGGGAUGGGGCCCAGAAGCUCCCUCCCCAGCCCUGAACUGACCCCCUUCUUCCUUCCUCCCUACGCUUGACUGGGCCUGACCCUCCUCUCCCAGGGCCCAGGUCUGUGUGAUAUCUGUAUAUAUUGCAUUUUGUUGAUUUUAAUAGAAAACAAAGCGUUAUUUUCUCUUUCUUUCCCUCCUUUUUUUCCCCCUCCUUUGAUAAGGAUUUUUCCCUCCUUUAUAAGCUUUUGUUUCCAUAUGGGAGGAGGGGAGGGAGCCUCUGGGUCACCUAGAAUGAGGGGCCUCCCCAGACAACACCCCGCCUCUCCUGCUUUCAGCUCCGGAUCUGAGGGACCCGAUGGGAGCAGAGGUAGCAGAGGAGUCUGAGCUGAAAUGGGGUAUUUGGAGCAGGGACCCCGGAGUUCCCAGAUUUUCUCAGUUGCUCUCCCCCCACUGGAGUUGCCCCUCCUAGGUGGGACUUUUCACUCUUUUGUUGUCAGGUUGUAUGGGGGGAGGGGUGUGGUGCUGCUGGGAAUGAGGCCGGCUCUGGGAUUGGGCCAGUCCGGUGGGCAAGACUCUUGCAAGAGGCUGGAACAACUUCCUGUGGCAUCUCCUAUGGCUUUUCCUAGAGUCAUGGGUAUGAAGGUCCCUGUUGUGCUGUCACUGAGUCAAGUACUUUCUGGGAUGCUUCUGGCACUCCCUAUGAUGUCACAGGAAGUAGUUCCCCAGAGGUCACUUCCUGUGAUGAUAGGAGCGACAGGUACUUCCUGUGAUGUCUCAAUGAGCCUUCCUUGAAGGUUACUUCCGCGAUAUCAUGGGGGCAUGUACUUCCUGUGGUGUGUCCAGGUUAUCUCCUGUGAUGUCAUCGGGUGAAGCAUGCACUUCCUGUGCCGGGCCAUGGCCAGUCACUGAUCCUCUUUCUCUACCCACACUGCUCUUUGGUGGGUCUUGGCCUGGGGGGUCUUCCUAGGAGGAGAAUAGGGGGUGGAACUUGGAUCGAAUCUGGAGGAUGCUAAGGAAAAAGACCCACUAUUGUCAGGGUCAUCUCCAUCCGAACACACAAGUCUGAACUCACCUGGUAGGGAGGGGUGGGAGAUGGAGCUGGUGAAAACUGUUAAAGACCCUCAUUCCCACCCCUGCCUUUUGUGUGCAUGCUUGUGUCUGCGUGGCUUUGUUUCAUUAAGUCUGGUGAGCCAAAUGUAUGGUGGCUCUGUCAGGCCAUGGUGGCCCAGGAGAAUUCAGUGAGCCAUGGUAGGAUCCCUUGAGCUGGAAUGCUUUGUGUAGUCUAAUGCAUUAGAUUGGCUUGUGGUUUCCAGCGAGCUGGAGUACUUUGGUGGUAUCUGAUGGAUCGGAAUGUUUUGGUGCUCUCACCAUAGGCUCUGAGGAUCUAGGAUGUUCCAGUGGAGUCUGCCAAGCCAGGCAGCCCUGAGAGUGGGUUUGAGAGUG